AUGGGUAUCUCAGGUCGGGAAACUUCUUUUCCACUUCUCAAAGUAAUAAUUGUCUUCUCUGUCUCAAGAGAAUCCCCUGAGACAUUAUUGUAUUGGUCAUCUUUAUCGUGCUAUCCUCAAGAGACUUUGUUGGUGGAUCAGAAGCUGCUAAAGAAUAGAUUUGAGAAAUAUAAUGUGGCUGAUACUGAUGCUGAAAGGCAAUCUGAUGAUAUAACGACUGAUAAGGUGGUGCAUAGGACUGGGGAGGUUGAUUCCAAAGUUGCUCUAAUUCAGCGAACACCUGCAGCCUCAGCCUCAGCCUCAGCCUCCACCUUAACCUCAACCUCAGUAGCAGCUCAUUCUUCUCCCACACAGGAUCUAGGACCCUCUCACGAUGCACCAUCAUGGUUUUUAUCAUUUCAAAAGGACUUCUCUAGUUUCUCAUCUGAAGUGCACACUGGGCUUCAAAAUAUUAAAGAAAAAGUUACAUCCCUUGAUCAGCGCAUCACUCACAUUGAGGAGUAUCAGGCUAGAUCUUCUAGGGGAAGUGAUCCUUUGGAUAUUAGCUCCGCCCCUCAAAUUGAAGAUGAUGGUUCUGAUGAAGAAACUGAGGACAAUGAAGAAGGUUCUACAGAAGAAGGCAACCAGGAGAAAGAAGCAGAAACCGAAGAAGAAGGAAGCCAAGAAGAAGAAGAAGAAGAAGAAGGACAAAAAGACGGCUCUGAAGAAGAAGGAUAG